AUGAUUAAAUAACAAGUAGACAUUAAGAUGGUACUACAACUAAUAGAAGAUUAAUAUGUUUUGCUGAUAAAGAUUUAAGGAAUAAUUUGGUGUAAUAUUAUUUUAGGAGGUUAUUUGUAUUGUUAUUUUUGUCUUUUUUAAGCAGUAAAAUAAUAUUUUAUUGCACAUAGUUCAAGUAUUAUUAGAGAAACUCUUAUGUAUACUAGUUUAAUUUGUUUAAUUUUAGUAGUUUAUG